CCCGGAGCGAUACGGAGCGAUAAGAACCGCUGGGAGGGGGGGGGAGGAGGAAACCACCACGACGUCGACUGUUGCAAGCCGGACGGCGCACGGCCACCGCGGGCCGAGUGCCGUGUUCAGUCGAGUUUCGCUCUAUCAGGUUCAUCCCAAAGUAAAGAGCAUAAAAUGGCGUCAAUCGGCAAACUAUCAACUGUCACCCGAACCGGAGCGUGGAUGCUGUUCGCCCUGCACGCCAUCCUGCUCUGCGGCGCACCUGCGUGUCAAGCGGCUGAUCCACGAAUCGUCGGAGGAUUCGUGGCGGACGGAGCCAGCACUAGGCAUCAGGUAUCGGUGCGCAGCAAAUCGAGCGAUGUGCUGUCGUUCGGCCGCGGUCACAUCUGCGGUGGUAGCCUGAUCAAUCUUGGCACGGUGCUCACGGCGGCCCACUGCCUGGUGGAUGAUCGCGAUCGGCCCCGCCCGGCCAGCUACUUCCGGGUGGUCGGUGGUAGCACGGCGCGCAGCACCCAAAACACCAACACCUUCGUGUCGGACGUCAAGCGGAACGUCGUGCACGGGAACUACCGGGCGAGCGGAUUCCUCAACGACAUCGGUUUGCUCAUCCUAUCGAAGCAGGUGGGCGCCAACCAUCCCACGCUGCAGCCGAUCCCGCUGGCGAGCCGUGUUCCCCCGAACGGUACCCUCUGUCAGACGAGCGGUUGGGGCAGCACCUCCUUCGGUGGCCCAUCGACCGAGCAGCUGAUGGCGGUCAAUGUGUCAAUCAUUGCCACGAGUAUGUGUAACGCACCGGACAGCUACGGUGGUACGGUCGGUUACGGGAUGCUGUGUGCCGGUGUCUGGACCGGUGGCAAGGACGCCUGCCAGGGCGAUUCGGGUGGACCGCUCGUCUGUGACCGCCUGCUCGUCGGUAUCGUAUCGCACGGGAUCGAGUGUGCCCGCCCGAGGCAACCGGGCGUCUACGCUGAUGUCGCGACGUACCGGGACUGGAUUGCUAGGAAUGGAACCGGCACCGUACGCGCCGCCACCUGGUGGUGCCUGCUGGUGGCACUCGUCACGUUCCUCGGCCGUCGCUGAUGGUACCGUUUUCCCCCCCUUUCCGGGUGCUUGUAUCCUCUUGUAAUCCCAAAUAAACAUUCACAAGCUCGUGCUUGAGAACCGACACAUAGUA